AUGUUUGGAACAAAUUUAUAGAAAGACUAUGUUAAUAAUUAAUAGUAAAACAACUCUUAAGGAUGUUAAAUAAAUAUAUCUUAACUAAGUCAUUCAUAUGUCAGAUUCCCACUAUAAAGUUCAAUAAUGAGUGUUGAAGAAUAGAAUCCACAAUUUAUUUAAUUUGCUUAAAGCUAAAUUUAUAUUUAAGAGAACUCACGCUUUUUAGAAGAAGAGAAUUAUAGACAAUAAAAUAAAAUAACAUAAUAACCAUAAAAAUAGUUAGAAUAAUAAGUAGGACACAAAAGAAUGACUUCAUGGCAAUAAUAAAAAUCACCUCAAUAAUAGUCCCAAAGUAAAUCAUUAUGUGCUUCACCAUUAAGAUAGCAAUAUCGAUAAGAGGAACCUCAAAUGUACUAUCAUUAACCCUAUUAACCUUGUCCUUGUGAAUUAGAAUAAUUAUGGCAAGAAUUCUUAUAAAUGAGAAUGAUGUAAAGAUAAUUUAGUAGACCAUCUUAGUAAUGUUGUCAUCAUUAAAGAGGCCAUUUCAUGCCUUAUUGA